UUGAAUUAGUGUUUACGUCUAGCGUCUGGCACGUUCGAUCUCCGGAUGAGCUGAUCGUUUCAACAAACGAACACAGCUGCGUUUCUUACUAGUCGGAGAUUCCACAAAACGACCGCAAAUACCGAAAGUUGUGCGCAUUUUGAAGUGUUCUGCCCUUGAACGAAGAAAUGAUCAGCUGACGGUCUUAACCACGAACGGCCACUUAGGUCAACCGACUUUGUGAAAACGAUGGCACAGAGAAGGAAAUGACUUCGGACGGCUACAUAUGCAGUUCUGAUGCGUAAACAUGACCGGUGUCGAGGAGACAUCUCCUUCUCAGACGGAUGUAUCGAAUGCAGCCAGUGGAAGCAGUAGCACAUCUGACAGCCUAUCCAGCACUGCUUUCAAGGAAGAACAGCAGAAUGUUUACAACGAAGGCCAGGGAACGGAGCUUUUUGACGUAUACGAUGACUUUGAGUCCUCUGACCCUGAAGACAUCCAAGCAACGAUUUCGCGAGAGUCACCUUCCCCCUGCUCAAAAGGAAGGAAACGAUGCUCAGCUAAGCACAGAAAGAGUAGGAGCCGUCACAAGAAACGACACAUUUCGAGAACGGCGGAGCCUGCAGCGAAACCAUCUUCACCACCUUACGUGCGACCACUCAUCACAGCCUCAAUGCCGACUGUGCCCGCAACCUCUCCGUCCGAGCAGUGGCUUUUGCAUUACAAGAGGCUCAAGAAGGCAAAGUUCAAAUGUACACUGCUACUUGGCCACCAUGACACUGUGCGCUCAGUCGCUGUGGACCAGAAUCUCGUUGUGUCUGCAAGUGACGACACCACGCUAAGAGUGUGGAGCGUGCAAGCCGGCAGGGAACUCUGUAGUCUGCGUGGGCACACAGCGUCCAUCAAUGCCGUCCUCCUCCUGUCCUCUGAACAGACAGAGUCGCUUUGCUACCGAAUGGGACGCCCCCCAACAUAUCGCCUGGCUGUCAGCGGUUCAUCCGACGCCUGUCUCAAUGUGUGGCUUGCUCUCGAAGGGAAGCUGCUCAAGUCGAUGUACACCUACAAUGCCAUCACAGCUCUUGCAGUAAUCACCGCUGACUGCCACAUUGUUGUCGGCACAGAAGGAGGUAAACUGGAAGUGUGGGACGUGGCGAAAGGGUCUCCUCUCAGUUCGGUCAUUGGGCACGAUGGCAUAAUUGUGUCCAUACAGGUCGACUGGACGGACACCGUUUUCUCUGCCUCCUCCGACGGAAGCCUGAAGGUGUGGCAGUGGCUGUCAAACGAGCUGUGCGCAGUACAAGUGCACGAUGCCGUCGCAACUGAAAGCUGCCAAAUGCACUGUGUGGCAGUAGAUGGCUCCAAGAUAUUUGUGGGCAGGGAUAGUGCGAGCGUUAAAGUCAUUGACUGGGCUUCAGGGAGAGUCGACUACCUUAAAAACCACCCUCAUGAUCACGGCUUUGCAAGAGCAGUUUACGUCAAAGACAGCCUUCUCUUGUUGACGUCGUACGACAGAUAUACUGGAAACAGUACCGUGAACAUGCGGACCCUCCCUGGUGGUGCCUAUGUUGGAACGCUGAAGUGUAGCGGGCAGGGCAGAGUCAUCGCCCUGGCAUCUGACAUUGUGGAGCGGAAAGUUCUCAGGAUUGUGACAGGAGGCACGACCCUCGCCGUCUGGGACUGGACGCCUCAUGAAAAUAAUGGCGAAUUUCCCGUACUGUUUCUCGAGGCAUUGGCAGAGCGUCCUCAGGAGGAUGACAAUGGAUCGAACAAAAGCAGCCUCAGCCCGGAAAGACAACUGAUGCUGUAUCAAGAGAAUGCUCAGACUGCUGAUGCAAGCUGGUGUAACAUAAUGUGAUCCUUCUUUCUCCAUUUCGGCCUCAAAAGAGAUACAGUACUCACAGAUUGCAGUGACACUUUUUUUUUUAGUUUAGCAAUUGCUAUGAGCGAUUGCUUGUGAUACCCAUGUCAUGUCACUGCAAGUCUGGCUGCUAAACAUUAUAUUGGCUCCGAUAUAAGUGACAGAUUCAAAAUCACGCAGAUAGGACAUUAACUGUAGUCACUGGAUAUGAGAGUAUGUACGUUACCUAGACCUCAACUUUUGAGUUGCAAUGUGUGAGUACUGUAUAUGUUGUGAAAUACACUCAAAUCUCAUUAUAACAGAACUGCAUCUUACAUAAAAAUGAGUUCGUUACACCCGAAAAUUCGUUAUAAGAGUAUAUUCCUAGCACUCUAUCAGUUGCAAGACUAUUCUGCAUUUACUUUGCUAUAACUGAUAUUUCGUUAUAUCCGGGUUCGUUAUAUGGAAGUUUGAGUGUAGGCCACAUAUUUGUAUGUCCAAGAGCAAAUCUAGAUAGUUGCGUGCACUAUACCGCUCCGCAGCUUAAGCAGUGUGUUCAUCUGUGUCAUAAGCGAGUCGUAAGCCUGCAGCACGACUGCUUUAGCUCAGUUCUUGCCGGAUCGGAGAUCCGCGUUUUUUUAGUCAAGAAUCGACCCAGUGAUCUUGCCCAUGUGCAUUUUUUUACGCGCCAUUUUUACCUCGCCCUUUUAUGCAGCCACAUGUGCGAUGAUAUUUUUGGACAAUAAAUGCGAUUACACCCGUGU